AUGGAAGGAAGCACUGCUCUAUGGAUAAUUAUUUGGUUCGUCAGCAGUGCUGCUUGCUACUUAUACGGCAUGCAUGUAGAAUCUAAUCUAAACCCAAAAUCAAAGCCAAAAUAUUCUGAGUUAAAGCGUGAGGAAGAAAAAUCAGAAACUCAAGAAUCAAGUGAUGAAAAACACUACAGAGAAGAGCUCAAUAAAGAAAGAGCAAGCAAGAAAAAAAUGACUCAGGACUAUGAGCAAGAAAUUGACAGCUUAAAAGCUCAAAUUGCAUUUGUCCAGGAACAGACUAAAGCAAAAUUAGUAAUUUAUAAUCAGAAAAAUAGGGAAGAAGAAGUAUUUGAAGAGGAAGCAGGGUUUGGGGUGCCAACUGUACAGAUCGUUGAAGGGAGUUAUGAUAAUUUCGAUGAAGAACUGAAUAAGGAGCUAAAUAAUGAGAUUUAA